ACGCCAACUGAGCGAAACUCAAAUCUGUUUAACUUCGAUUUGACGGAAGUAAAACAAUGUGAGUUCUCUAUUUUCCAAAUUUUUAUUAGAUUUAAAAUUUAACACUCAACUAACGAAACUGGUGCAUUGAAACAACUAGAACGUCAAACAGAGUACACCCAGAGAAAGCGUUAUUCGCGACCAUGUUUGGUUGCCAGGCGAAAAAGGGUCGGGACAAAGCUCCGAUACGGCGCAGACAAGAGCACCGAACCAACCAGGUGAUGGCCGAGAGAAACCAGGCGGUGGUGGCAGUUGGCGCCUGGGUGGAGGACGGACAGGAAUUUGAGGAGCAUCCGUGUGACUUGGCUUCUUUUACUGAUGAGCUCCAGGCAGAGACGAUGAGGGAGCGCGAAGAGAAACUCCGUAGGUUUCAGGCGAAAGUGCGCCAUCGUGUGGCUGCCAUCAGCAAGCGGCGACACCAGGAAGCGCAAUCAGGGGUGAAAGUUGACAGAAGAAUCCCGAAACAGCAUCACCCCUGGACACAAAGGGAGACGGGCACGAGAGAGCUCCAUGACGGGGCGAGGCAGGUCAGACUCAGACUGGCAGCCCGCGGGACAGGUCUAUGUGACGAGAUGACAUCAGAGCUUCCCUCAGACAACUGGAACGUCUCGCUAACCAGACAUAGUGCUGAAUCCGACGUCCCGUGGGAGGAGCAGAAAGCAGAGGAGGAGUACGAUGGUCGAGAAGAAGAUGUAGACGAUGGAGAUGAUUUGCUGGUCCUCAGAGAAGAACACAAAUGCCCGCUUGUCCGGCACCCAGUGAGCAGGAGUAGACGUGUUGUGACCAGCGGACGUGAACGGGAUGCGGACACACUGAAGUCUGAGCCUGAUCUCAAGUCUAGCAUCGGAGUACCGAAGCUGCUGUGGCCUCUACCGGACCAGGAGGAAUUGAGAAGACAGCGUCUGUCUCAGUUCCUGAUGCAGCGCCGCCACUUCAUGAGUGCCGAGAGGGAGCGAGUGAAAGAGAACAAGCAGCACAGGAAGCACCUGAAGAAGACAGCGAGGAUCAAAGCGGAGAAGGAAAAGGCUCGCCUGGAGGAGGAGAGCCGGCUGGAGCGAACACAGCAGCUCGCUGAGGUCAGACAGCGGCUAGAGGAGCGAGAGAUGCUUGUCCUGGAGCGUCUGAAGCUGGAGGAGGAAGGGAGAGCCGCUAAGCUGGAGAGGAGGAAAAGGCCGCAGAAGGGGAAGGUGACCAUUAGGUACAUUGAUGCCCUGAGAGAUCAACUGAAGCAGCGGAUGUCCAGCAAGAAGCUGGACCUUCCUCCCCUCUGCUGCUGCGCAUCCUCCUUCUGGGACUCGCACCCGGACUCAUGCGCCAACAACUGCAUCUUCCACAACAAUCCCAAAGAGUACGCACAGGCGUUACAUUCAGCAGUGUUGACUAUGGAUUUACAGUAAAGGGAUCUGAACAGCUGACAACCAGAUUAGGUCAUUGACAGGUUAUUUUUUGUCACAGAAUAUGUGCCUUGAACCCGCAGUGUGUCGAAUGAGCUGGAGGGGGCGACACCAGCUGUCACAUAUCGGCUUGACUAGUGUGAAUGGUUGUUUGUCUAUAUGCUGGGAUAGGCUCCAGCAUGCCCCCGCGACCCUAAAAAGGAGAAGCGGUAUAGAAAAUGGAUGGAUAGAUGGAUAGUCUUUGACAUUGACAGCAUAUGGAUGUGGUUUGAUAGAUUUUAAUAAUCCUCUGAAGUGACAUUAAGCCAGCCAUCCAUCCCAAUCACCUUUUUUUUAACAAAAGAGUUUUUUAAAGUACUGGACUGCCUGUUAUUAGUUAUUCCAUUAAUUAAUCCACAUCAAAAAGAAAUCAUGUUCUCAAAAUAACAUGGACAAACCUCUAAACCACUUGGCAGUUGUUCACUACAGAAUUGAAUUUCUCAUUCAUUUAAUCAAAUUGCAAAUGUCUUUGUAUAUGUCUCAAUGUCUAAGUCCGUCUUUGGAAAUGAUUAAGUACAGGUACCGUACAUUUAGCACAGUUAGCCUACAUUUGUUCUCUCCAAAUAUGUCAGCAUCAUUUGAUUGUAUAAGUCAUCAUAUGCACAAUCGAAACAAGAAUUUUCUGUAAUACCGUGCAUACCAUAUAUGAAUCUAUUGAAACAUUGGAUAAAUUGAUUAUUUGACAAUCAGAUGAAACUAGAACUCGCACUGUGAUGUGGAUGAGAAUUUGUGAAAAGAGACAGAGUGUGAAGACACCCAGGAGGGUGAGGACAGCACCCAGUGAAGAAGUGUUUUAUUUACAACACUGUAGGUGAAGUUUUAUGUGUGUGAAUAAAAAUAGUAGAAUUUCUUUGGCAGUAUGAGUGCAAUGUGUGAUGUCAAACCUUGCAGGCGACUGUUACCGUAAAAUCAAAAUGUUUUUCAGUUUUAUACGCAAUUGUAAUCUGUUAGCCAGUCAACAAAAAUAGCACACUAACCAGUCUCAAUGAAGGACUGGGCUAAGACAUAAGACUAAGUCAUUUCAGUGGCCCUCUGCCAUAGUCACAAAACAUUGAAACAUUUUGACUUGCAGUGCUUACACAAUUCCAAAGGGACGAUGUGUUUUGGGGGCACUUAAAAUUUAUAUGGGAAAGGAAUUGAUGUUUGACACAAGUGAACUGUUUUGGGGGAGAGAUGAGCUUUUGCAGGUGAACCAUGGCGUUGUGCUGAACCAUUUAAGUUAUUUUGCUAAAAGAACCAAGAGUGUUGAGAAAGUCCUGUCUGUUUCAGGAAGAGCCAUUGCAAAUGA